UUGACGUCAACUUUAUAAUCCUCUUCAUUCACUUUAUCAUCAUAAACACUUAACUCAAAAUUUACUCAAAAAUCAAAAAUUGGUAAUUAUAAGAAAAUCAGAUUAAUUGGGUAAAAAAUGGGACCUAAAAAUUGUAAACUUGUAUUCAUGCUCUUUGUGCUGCUCCUUCAAGCUUCUCUACCGGUUCCAGUUAUUUGUGGUGAUGAUGAUGAAAAUAACCUUCUGCAAGGACUAAACAGCUACAGAAGCUCCCUACAGCUCCCACCCUUAACCAAAAACAAGCAAGCAGGAUGCCUGGCUGACGAGCUAGCUGAUGAGAUCGAAGAUCGUCCUUGUGUUCCGACUGUAGCAGCCAAUGCUAUACCAGGGGGUGCAGGAACCCAAUUUGAAGACUACCCAAAGCUUCUUAGAAAAUGUAACAUCAAUCCCAAUACUACAGCGAAUGCUAUAAUCUUACCGGUUUGCGUCUCAAAACUAGUUCCAACCCUUGUCCUUACGAACUACACUCGAACUGGCUAUGCGCGUUACGUCAAUGAUUCGAGGUUUACUGGAGUUGGUCUUGGCUCGGAGGAUGAUUGGAUGGUGGUAGUGUUAACUACGAGUAGUCCGGCGGGUAGUCUUGCUUCUGAUGCUGUAGAUGUAGUUUAUGGACUGACCAACUAUUUCUUGCCUCUUGUUGCAGGCUUGUUUUUAGUCUAAUAUCUUGUUGGUUUAGUAUGUGAAUGGCUUGGUUAAGAUUUGUCAGAUAUAUUCUCGUUUGUUUUUUAUAAAACAAUUAUGGGCGUCUUUUAUGGCAUUGAAGCAAUGAAAUGUUGUGAAGGUAUGGAGUAUGUUUUAUUCUCUAUUUAGAUGAAAAGUGUCGGAUUUAACUAUCCCAACCAAAAUUAUAUUUUCCUUUUUUUUUCUCAUAUACAAUGUGUUAGUAGCUUAAGCUUUUGGUUGAGAUGGUUCCGUGACACGAUAUUAGAAGCCAAUAUGACAAGAGGUUACGGGUUUAAAUCUCAAUAACCCUUCAUUUUAGUGGAAUAUUCUGCGCUUGUGUGCAUCUAUACUUUUAGUUCAAUGGGUUCUCGAGUGAGGAGCAAGUUAUAUAAGAUAUUCUGGGGUAUCAAGGCUCUUAAUCAUCAGUUUAAACUUUUAAUUGGAUAACGACUGGGUAUCAACGCUCUUAAUCAUCAGUUUAAACUUUUGAUUGGAUUA